AUGGCCGACUCGUCAUCCUCAAGUCUAAAAGGCGGAGGUGGAAGCGGGAGCAGGUCGCGCCGCUCUUGGACCGUGUCUGCUGCCGAUUCAGAUUUGAUGGAAAGCUCAAGUCGAAGCAAUGGCCGCUCAUCGAUGGAAUCUAUUGAAAGACCCAAAACACAAGCUGGGGAAGGUCCGGAUACCGCAAAGGCUGGCUCCAGCGGUUUCUCCAAGCUCCUAAAGUCCCGACGCCGACGGAAGGAGAAGAACCAAAAGCAAGAUGAGCCCCCGGUACCUACGAUAAUUACAGAGCAACAGCUACGAGAAAUCCCUUCGAACACUAGUAUGUCCAACGGUAGUGGCUCUGCAGUCCCAUCGGUGGUCACUUCGUCCAACAACAGCUCCGGUCCGCAGGAAAGCGAGGCCCUCCAGCUGUUGACCGAUGAUUCCGAACCUGAGAGGACCCCACCAUUGACUUCACAUAAUUCACACACCGGUUUUUAUACCUCCUCUUCCCCGCUCAUCAACACCACAUCAGUAAAGUCUGCUGCGGAUACCGAGAGUACGCGCGAAGAUGUUCAAUCUGCGGUCAGCGACUCGAAUCCAACCGAUCUGGAGUCAAAUCCCAGUGAAAAUAUCUCGAGACCACCCACCCGAUCGAGUAUGACACUGGACGUUCCAGCAGAUUCCAGCGGCAAGCGGCGCAGUGGCAGUGUUUCACCCGGGCGGCGACUGAAGGAUGCCUUCAGCGCUACAGAUAAAAAGAACACGACUGAAGACAUGGAUGCAUCGUCAUCCAAAUCUGGAAGUAGCAAGAGUGGGAAGGGUAUUUUCGGGGGCCGACGGAGCAGUCUGUCAUCCAGACGGGCGCAAGCUCAGGCCUCCCAAGAGACUCCCCCGCCUGUUCCCAGUCCUAUUCGGACCGAUGUUUGGAAUUCAGAUAUGAAGGAAGAGAAGCCACGCUCUUUACAAGCGAGUCCGAUGCCUAAUACUCCUCCACAUACAGCCAUUCCUAUCUCAGCCCCAGCUACUACUGUAACACCUCCUACCCCAACCGAACACCGCCCACUCGGUCCUCAAAUUAUGACUGAGGGUAUCACAGACUCGCCUGAGUCUAUACCUUCCAGGAAUUCAAUGUCCUCGGCCGAUGUCACUGUGAGCCCUUCCGGAAACAUGAUUUCACAUCGCCGAGUGCGCUCAGCAUCUGCAGCUCACGGUCCGAGCAAGCUGUCCACUUCUGUGUCAGCCCUAACUCCUUUAGAAGAGGGUAAAACGCCGAAGAGCUCGUCGAGUCAACAGAGUGGAUUUUUCUCAUCAAUGUUUUCUGCCGCCCAAAAUGCUGCCACCUCCUUCACUAAUACUCUCAAUGCCCCGCAGAAAAGCCGUACCCUUUCCCAGCCGUCGUCUACUGGGAUUGACAGUACGUCGAAGGAAAUUGGGAAUGCAGGAGACGGGGAAGAUCGAGAGAAAGCCAAUGGCAGUGAAGAUGGGAAACCAAGCACUGUAGAAACUCUUGGGACUGGAAACCUCAACUUCAGCCAUUUGGAUAUCGAUCAAUCAGGCGAAGAGGUAUCCACUGCCGAUGGUGUUGUUCUCACGAAGCCAGGAAGUCCACUUGAUAGGCGCAAGAACACUGCUGUCAAUCAGCGAGAUGAGGCGUCCUCGAAGCUUGAAGACCAGCGUGCGGCACGGGCCGUUCAUAUGGCAUAUGAAAAGCCUUCAGAUUCAUCGGCAUUGGGAUCGCCUGGUGAGGAUGUUAUUGAGUCACAAUCUACCUUCUCCCUCCCAAGGGAUGGCAUGGUGGCUGGAGAUCAAACCCCUCCAACUGGAAGUAUCAUUGAUGGUGACAUUGGCAGCGGUGGUAUUAGACGCACUGGCAGCGUGCGUAGUCGACUUGCACGCCGCCAUCGAGGUUCUUCUGGAGCUACCGCAUCUACAAUUGGAGCCAUUGGAGCUAGUGCUGUUAACCUUGGCGUACCUGGUGUCAACUCAAGCGUGCCUCGACUGACCGGCUUCGCGGUUGCGAGCAAAAAGCGCAACAGAGACUUUCACCAAUUGUUCCGCACCGUUCCUGAAGAUGAUUAUUUGAUUGAAGACUACAGCUGUGCAUUGCAGCGGGAGAUCAUUCUGGCCGGCCGCAUCUACAUCUCGGAGGGUCAUGUCUGCUUCUCCAGCAACAUUCUUGGUUGGGUGACCACACUUGUCAUCAGCUUUGAUGAAGUGGUGGCUGUCGAAAAAGAAAGCACCGCUAUGGUGUUCCCAAAUGCCAUUGCUAUUCAGACACUUCAUGCUCGCCAUACGUUUAGGAGUCUGCUUAGUCGUGAAUCUACCUAUGACCUGAUGGUCAAUAUCUGGAAGAUAAAUCACCCUUCAAUCAAAAGCUCUGUGAACGGGACCCGAGUGACAAACGGGACCGGUGACAAGACCGAGAAGGUUGGUGAAGGUGAAGCCGACAGCGGGUCUGAGAGCGAUGUCUCAGACGAAGAUGAAGUGUACGAUGAGGAUGAAGAAGGCGACCAUGGCGAGAGCUUCUUUGAGGCAGGGGCCAGUGCCAAUGCCAGUGAAAGGUCAUUGCCAUUGAGGACUGGCUUAAGUCGCCAGCCUUCGGGCUUGUCUGGAAAUGGAGCACCCCUAGCUGGAGGAAACUCCGGCAGCGACGCCAAGAACGGGGAUAAGGCGGCCUCCAAAGAAGCCGACUUCCCCGGCCCAUCUACACAUGCCCCCACCGAAUACACGAAUCCCGAUGGACAAUACGAAAAGGUUAUCAAAGACGAGCUCAUUCCCGCGCCCCUUGGAAAAGUUUACUCGCUGGUCUUUGGUCCAUCUUCAGGGGAGUUCAUGACCAAGUUCCUUGUGGACAAUCAGAAAUCUGGAGAACUACAGUUCGAAGGAACCGCGAAGGGUCUUACCAAUGAAAGCCCAGUCCGAAAGUAUUCAUACAUCAAGCCUCUCAAUGCGCCCAUCGGUCCGAAGCAAACGAAGUGUAUCAGUACCGAGAACCUGGACUUCUUGGAUUUGGAAAAAGCAGUCCUGGUCACGCUAAGCACUCAAACUCCUGAUGUUCCCAGCGGAAACGUUUUUGCUUGCAAGACAAAAUAUCUAUUCACGUGGGCCCCAGGUAACCAAACCCGGUUCCUGAUGACAUGUACUAUUGAGUGGACGGGCAAGAGUUGGUUGAAAGGUCCCAUCGAAAAAGGCGCCAUUGAUGGUCAAACCACCUUUGGCAAUGAGCUUGUUAAGGCUUUGAAGGUCGGUGUUGUCCCUCGCGGACGGACCGCCGGUGGACGGACAAAGGGUCGUCGCAAGAAGGGCGAUGCUGGAGCUCGCGAGGCAUCCGCAGCAGCAUCACACAAGCUGGGAGGAGAUUCCAGUGCAAGCCAAUCCGAGUCUUGGGGUCUCCUUGAGCCAAUUCGCCCAAUCUUAGAACCUUUUACCAGCAUGUUAAAGCCACUAUGGAGUGGCAACAUUGCAAUCUUCCUUGUCGGCCUCCUGCUCUACCUGGCAUUCUUCCGAGCACCAUCCAACCCAUCCAUGCUCGGGCACCACGGCGCUUUUUCAGGGCAUAGCCUUCCUCAAAGACUUGCUGCAUACGAUGAAAUGUGGCGACGGGAAGAAAGCGAGCUUUGGAAUUGGCUUGAGGAUCGAGUAGGCAUGGAUGGAAUGGUUUUCCCCGCCCUCCACCACCGAAUGCCCGAGCCCGCCCACAAGGCCCCUCGCGUGAAUGUGGCAGACGAAGGUAUUCUCAUUGAUCGACUACGUGAGGAGAAGGUUUCAGAUCGAGAGAUGGACCAUGCUAUCCGGACUACACGACAGAGGCUUGACAUCCUGGAGGAGAUGAUGAACAAUCGCAGAGCAGACCGGGUUCCACAAGAGCCCCGUCGAUCUGAAUUGUGA